AAUGGCUCGGUUCGGAGAUGAGUCCGCUCCCAGCACGGUGGACUCCGGAGACGGGGACGCGGAGCGCGCCGGGGAAGCCCAGGACGCGGCGGCGGCGGCGAGCCUGAGCGCCUCCGUGAAGCAAGCCAAGGCGCAGCGGGCCCGGACCAUGGCGAUGUACAACCCCGUCCCGCACCGGCAGAACUGCCUCACCGUCAACAGGGCGCUCUUCAUAUUCGCAGAGGACAACUUCAUCAGGAGGACCGCGAGGCGAUUCAUUGAGUGGCCACCUUUUGAGUACAUGAUCCUGGCCACCAUCACCGCCAACUGUGUGGUCCUGGCCUUGGAGCAGCACCUCCCCGGAGAGGAUAAGACCCCCAUGGCAAAGAGACUGGAGAAGACCGAGCCGUACUUCAUCGGGAUCUUCUGCUUCGAGGCGGGGAUAAAGCUGGUGGCCCUCGGUUUCGUUUUCCACAAAGGCUCCUACCUGAGGAACGGCUGGAACGUCAUGGACUUCAUAGUCGUGCUCAGUGGGAUCCUGGCCACUGCUGGCGCCCACAUGAACAUCCCAGUCGACCUUCGGACCCUGAGGGCUGUGCGAGUGCUGAGACCUCUCAAACUCGUCUCCGGGAUCCCCAGCCUGCAGAUUGUGCUGAAGUCCAUAAUGAAGGCCAUGAUCCCGCUGCUCCAGAUCGGCCUCCUCUUGUUCUUCGCCAUCCUCAUGUUUGCCAUCAUCGGUCUGGAGUUCUACAGCGGGAAGCUUCACCACACCUGCCUGCCAUCCGACGACAUCCUUGACAACGAGACUGUCGACUCGUCAGAGUUGGCGUUCGCCUGCGGAGUGAGGAAGUGUCCAGAGAUGUACGACUGUAACGACACGUGGAUCGGACCCAACGACGGCAUCACGCAGUUCGACAACAUCCUGUUCGCCGUACUCACCGUCUUCCAGUGUAUCACCAUGGAGGGAUGGACGGCCGUUCUCUACAACACCAACGACGCUUUGGGUAUCACAUGGAACUGGAUGUACUUCAUCCCUCUCAUCAUCAUUGGCUCGUUCUUCGUGCUGAACCUGGUGUUGGGAGUCCUGUCCGGAGAGUUUGCCAAAGAGAGGGAGAGGGUGGAGAACAGACGGGCCUUCAUGAAGCUUCGUCGCCAGCAGCAGGUGGAAAGAGAACUGAACGGCUACCGAGCCUGGAUAGACAGGGCAGAGGAGGUAAUGCUGGCAGAGGAGAAUAAAAGUUCUGGGAGAUCACCAUUAGAUGUGCUCAAGAGAGCGAGUAAGAAGACUGGUGCACGGAGAGGAGCGCCAGGGGACGAAAAGUACACAGACAUGUCGACUGCCAGCAUGUCCCGAUCCAGGAUGAACUUCCGCAGUGGUCGGCGAGGCCCGGCUGCCUACCUGCGGCGUAAAGAGCGAAUGUUACGCAUCUCCAUCCGCCGCAUGGUGAAGACAGACACUUUCUACCUGAUGGUGCUCAGUCUUGUGGCUCUCAACACCAUCUGUGUGGCCAUCGUGCACCACAACCAGCCCGACUGGCUGACCAUCUUCCUCUACUAUGCAGAGUUUGUUUUCCUGGGGCUGUUUUUGGCUGAGAUGUUUUUGAAAAUGUACGGUCUGGGUUUCCGGCUCUACUUCCAUUCAUCUUUCAACUGCUUCGACUGUGGGGUCAUUGUUGGCAGCAUCUUUGAGGUGGUUUGGGGCUUCUUCAGGCCUGGCAUGUCUUUUGGGAUCAGCGUUCUGAGGGCUCUGAGACUUCUGAGAAUUUUCAAAAUCACCAAAUACUGGGCCUCUCUCAGGAACCUGGUCGUGUCCCUCAUGAGCUCCAUGAAGUCCAUUAUCAGCCUGCUGUUCCUUCUCUUUCUCUUCAUCGUGGUGUUUGCUCUGCUGGGGAUGCAGCUUUUUGGAGGAAGGUUUAUCUUUGAAGAUUACACUCCCACCAACUUUGACACGUUUCCAGCUGCCAUCAUGACAGUGUUUCAGAUUCUGACGGGUGAGGACUGGAACGAGGUGAUGUAUAAUGGGAUUCGCUCGCAGGGUGGAGUGCAGUCUGGCAUGUGGUCUUCGAUCUACUUCAUAGUGCUCACCUUGUUUGGAAACUACACACUGCUGAACGUCUUUUUGGCCAUCGCUGUGGAUAAUCUGGCCAACGCACAGGAACUGACAAAGGAUGAAGAGGAGGAGGAGGAGUUCUUCAACCAGAGAUAUGCCAGAGGCAGAGAUGGCCUGAUAUCUGAUGGGAGGAGAAGACCCUACCUAUACAGGAAACGAGCCAUCCACCGAGGACGACCGAACUUCCCAGAGGAGCGAGGACAAGAUGGGGCCCCCGACGAACAGCCCCUCAAAGGCUCCAACGCCUUCGUCACCCGCCGCGAGAGGAGGAGGAAGGUCAACAUGUCCGUGUGGGAGCAGAGAGCCAACCAGCUACGCAAACGCCGCCAGAUGGCCAGCAGAGAGGAGCUGUUUGCGAGCCCCACGGAAGAGACCGCCGAAACUCCAACCAUCCCCCACCACGCCUCCACCCUCUCCCCAGAGGCCAGCCCGGGUCACCUGCCCGAGUCUCCCAUGUCCGUUGGGAUGCCUCUCCCGGAGCCCCCGAUGUCAGUCAGCAUCCCCAUCCCUGAGCCUCCAAACGCUGAGCCUCUGGUAAACCUGAGCGAGGAGAAACCAGGAGGAGCAAACCACCGGGCCACGGGCGGAGGCAGGCACAGGAUGGCCCGAAAGUUCAGACCAAGCCAGGGGGUGGAGGAAGGGGCCCGACACAGACGGCACCGGCACCGCGAGGCUCGCUCCGAGGCCAAGAGUCUGGACUGCACCCAGGCACCGCACGAGGUGCCACUAGUCAGACGGUCACUCAGCCAGGAGAGGAAGACACUGGAUGAGGAGGAGGAGAAAGCCGAGGCAGAUGGAGGGUCCGUCCAGGAUGAGGGUGGGACGUGCAUCAUCAACCCGUAUGCAGAAGUUGGAGAAGAUUGUCAAAGGUAAGACAUCCCCGAUCCUCCUCAGUGUGAGCAGCUGCUGGACGGUACCUGGUCAGAGCAGGGCGACGGCGGGCACACGGACCAGAACGUCCCAGUGGAGCACGCCGUAGAGGCCACAGAGGUCAACGUUAAAGCCAUCGAGUCCCAGAGCCGCUCCGUCUCCAUCAAACGCGACAAGUCUAACCUGGCGGGAAGCGUGGCCAUCGAAAUGUCUGCACAACCGCUGCUGGAGCUCACACCCAUGACAGUGAACAGUAAAGAGUUGGAGGCAUACAAUUCUGAACAGACGGACAGAGACGACGAGACAGAGGAGGACGAGGAGGACGAGGAGGACGAGGAGGACGAGGAGGAACCUCCCAUUCCUCCCAAACCUGCAGCUCCAGAUAGCAUGUUCAUCUUCAAAGCCUCCAACCCUAUCAGGAGGAUCUGUCACUAUGUGGUCACUAUGCGCUACUUUGAGAUGACCAUCCUCCUUGUGAUCGUGGCGAGCAGCAUUGCACUGGCUGCUGAGGACCCUGUGUGUACCAAUUCAGACAGAAACAAGGUCCUCCGUUAUUUUGAUUACGUCUUCACCGGAGUGUUCACCUUUGAAAUGAUCAUCAAGAUGAUAGACCAGGGUCUCAUUCUGCACGAUGGCUCCUAUUUCCGAGACAUGUGGAACAUCCUGGACUUCAUCGUGGUGGUGGGAGCUCUGAUUGCCUUUGCUCUGACGAAUGUGAUGGGAAACAACAAAGGCAGAGACAUCAAGACAAUAAAGUCCCUCCGAGUCUUGAGGGUGCUUCGUCCUCUUAAAACCAUCAAGAGGCUUCCUAAACUCAAGGCUGUUUUCGACUGUGUGGUCACAUCUCUGAAGAACGUUUUCAACAUCCUCAUCGUGUACCAGCUCUUCAUGUUCAUCUUUGCUGUCAUUGCCGUGCAGCUCUUCAAGGGGAAGUUCUUCUACUGCACUGACAGCUCCAUGAAUUCAGAGAAGGAAUGCCAAGGCUACUACAUCGACUACAGCAGAGACAAAAAGGAGGUGAAGAGGAGAGAGUGGAAGAGACACGAGUUUCACUACGACAACGUCUGCUGGGCUCUGCUCACACUCUUCACCGUCUCAACUGGAGAGGGAUGGCCUCAGGUCCUGCAGCACUCCACCGAUGUCACAGAGGAGAGCAUGGGGCCGAGUCGGGGGAACCGCAUGGAGAUGUCCAUUUUCUACGUGGUCUACUUUGUGGUCUUUCCCUUCUUCUUCGUCAACAUCUUUGUGGCUCUGAUCAUCAUCACCUUCCAGGAGCAGGGUGACAAGAUGAUUCAGGAGUGCAGUCUGGAGAAGAACGAGAGAGCUUGCAUCGACUUUACCAUCAGCGCCAAACCGAUGACCCGUUACAUGCCCCAGAACAGACAGACCUUACAGUACAGACUGUGGCACUUUGUGGCUUCGCCCUCGUUUGAGUACACGGUGCUCGUCAUGAUCGCUCUCAACACUGUGGUCCUCAUGAUGAAGUACCACUCGGCCCCGACAGCCUACGACAUGGUCCUAAAACACCUGAACACGGCCUUCACCGUCCUCUUCUCCAUGGAGUGUAUACUCAAGAUCCUGGCAUUUGGUUUGGUGAACUACUUUCGAGACACUUGGAAUAUUUUUGAUUUCAUCACUGUUCUGGGCAGCAUCUCUGAGAUAAUUGUGGAUUUACAGUCCGUGAACACCAUCAACAUGAGUUUCUUGAAGCUUUUCCGAACAGCCAGGUUGAUCAAGCUGCUGAGGCAGGGUUACACCAUCCGUAUUCUGCUGUGGACUUUUGUUCAAUCAUUCAAGGCACUUCCUUAUGUCUGUCUUCUCAUCGCUAUGCUUUUCUUCAUAUACGCCAUAAUUGGAAUGCAGGUGUUUGGAAACAUCAAGCUGAAUGAUGAGAGUCACAUCAAUCAACACAACAAUUUCAAGACCUUUUUCAGUGCGCUGAUGUUGCUUUUCAGGAGUGCGACAGGGGAGUCCUGGCAGGAGAUUAUGCUUUCGUGUCUGUCGGGUCAGGAGUGUGAGCCCGACUCCUCCAUCUCCCCCCUCACCACGUCUCCAGACCACGAGGGAGGCUGUGGGACGGACUUUGCGUACUGCUACUUCGUCUCAUUCAUCUUCUUCAGCUCGUUCCUGAUGCUAAAUCUGUUCGUGGCUGUGAUCAUGGAUAACUUUGAGUACCUGACGCGAGACUCCUCCAUCCUGGGUCCCCAUCACCUGGACGAGUUUGUCCGCAUCUGGGGGGAGUAUGAUCGUCUGGCAUGUGGUCGUAUCCACUACACCGCCAUGUAUGAGAUGUUAACACACAUGUCACCGCCCCUGGGCCUGGGCAAAAAAUGUCCUGCUAAGAUCGCCUACAAGAGGUUGGUGUUGAUGAACAUGCCUGUGGAUGAGGACAUGAGCGUCCACUUCACCUCCACCCUGAUGUCGCUCAUCCGCACAGCUUUGGACAUCAAAAUAGCCAGAGGCGGUGAGGACCGUAUCGCUCUGGAUAGUGAACUACAGAAAGAGAUCAGCAUCAUUUGGCCUUAUCUGCCCCAGAAGAACUUGGACCUCCUGGUACCGAUCAACAAAGAUACGGACAUGACGGUGGGGAAGAUCUACGCCUCCAUGAUGAUAAUGGACUACUUCAAACAGAACAAAGCCAAGAAGCUCAGGCAGCAACUUGAAGCUCAGAAGAGUAGCUUAAUGUUCAAGCGUCUGGAUGCCUCUACGCUCCCGGAGGACAUUCUGUCCAACACCCAGCUGCCCAUGAUGGCCCACAGCGCUGGCUCAGCCCUGACCAGAGGAGGCUUCGUGGCUUUGAGCCCCAUCUCACCUCAGGAACUGUUUUUGCAGCCAAUAAGCGCCGACACUGAUGCUACUCAACAGCAGAAUCUGGUGGGCCAGUGCAGUAGGGGGAUUGAAGCCCCACAGGAGCUCCCACUAGGGAGGGGUCUGUGUGUGCGGGCCUCUUCCAUGCCCGGUCUGGCUGUAGAGUCGCAGGCGGAGGAAAGUGCAGGUGGCUCCCUGAAACGUUCAGCCUCCACCGCGGCAGAUCAGCGGGUGAACGGUCUUUGGGAGGAGGAGAAAAGCCCGGAGAGAGUUUAUCGACCUCGUCACAAAAGCUAUAAGGCUGCUGUUUCCCGCUCAGAGCACUGGAAGCAGGGCGACAGGGAGCGUGGCCGAUCUAAGGAGCGCUGUCACCUCCUGUCUCCAAGCGGAUCUCGUGGAAACUCAGAAGAGAGGAGUUUGCAGCCCUCACGAUCUUCUAGUGGAGAGAGAGCUCACCCCCAAGACAAACAGGGCAACAGCUCGGACAGUCCGGUGCCCUCCACCUCAGAGUCCAGCACCCCCAGCGGCCGACGACCCGCAUCACAGCCCCGCUCUCGCCCUCACAUCUCCUACUCCCCGCUGCACCCCUCCGUCGGCGAGGACGACGAUGAGCGCGGCAGCCCGGUGACCGUGAGGCGGAGCAAGCCCAACAGGAAGACCCAAGAGGGCGUCGCAGGCGAGAGGAGGAGCGACCUGGACCGGAACCCGUCCCCACCCCGACGCUACCCCUCCGAGCCGUUCCUGGCCUCUCAAGAGGGCGACCACAGCCCGGACCCCUCCGGCCCCAUGGAGACGUUGACCUUUGAGGCGGCCGUGGCCUGCAGCCUGGGACGCUCAAACACCGUCAGCUCGGCGCCCCGUUUGCGGACCGGCUGGCAGGUCCCCAACGGACACUUUCGGAAGCGCCUGGCGCAGACGACCUCUGUGGCGGGAUGUGAUCCUCUCAGCGACACAGAGGAGGACGACCGGUGCUAG